AUGUUCCUCAAUAGAUUGUUCAGCUGUGCGUUGGUGUUGAUGAUUUCAAAACUAGUUCAAUGUCACGAAAAUUAUCACUAUGACAAUGGGAUAUAUGAUUCAUUAUUGAGAUAUGCUUACAUUUCAAAAAUUGCCUAUUGUAUUGAUCUAUUGAAAGAUGGUCAUAACUUGACAGAGCCUAUAAUUUUGAAGCCCAAACCUUUAGGGUUCUCACAGGAGGGAUUUGCUUCUAAUGAUUAUGCUGCUCAAUCACAAGAAGAGAUAGUGCUUCAAGUUGCAAAGCUUUUACAUGCCCCUUCAACCAGUCACAACCAAAAGGCACAUACUACAAGUGAUGACAAGAAUGAUGGUAUAUCUGAGUCACCUGGUUAUUUUGCUAUUGACCACAGUGGAUCUGGUACAAUUAUUUUAUCACUAAGAGGAAGUGUUAAUUUGAGAGAUUAUUUCACCGAUUUGAACACCAGGACAUUUGAUUAUGAGCCUGUGAGUGAAAGGGCAAAGCUGAACUUUACUGAAUGCGAAGGCUGUAAAGUUCACCAAGGUUUUUACAAAAGAUUUAUUGACUUGGAACCUCAGAUUUUCCCAACAGUUGAAAAAUUGAUGGAAGUGUUUCCAGAUUAUAAAUUGCUCGUUACCGGUCAUUCUAUGGGAGGCUCGCUAGCGAUAUUAGCUGGCUUAGAGUUUGCACUAAUGGGGUAUGACCCGUUGAUAGUGGCUUAUGGAAAUCCAAAAGUUUCAAAUGAACCGUUGUCUGAUUACAUGGAUUCAUUAUUUCUGACAGAUUUGAUCGAAAAGACCAUUCAAGAGGAUCGAGAGUUGACAAGUGGUUGUAUUAGAGUGGUACAUAAUGGUGAUUUAGUCCCAAUGUUUCCUCCAGGAAGAAAGAAGUUUGUUCAAAGUGGAUUGGAGUUUUUUAUCAAUAAAGAGGAUCUUCCACAUCCAAAGAAGAGUGUCGAAUAUUGGGGGAAAGCAGACACAAUCACGCACGAUUCAUCUUACAAAGUCCAGGACCUUUUCAGUUUCAACAUGGAUAAGAUUUUUCACUUGACGCAACACCGAGAAUAUUUCUACAAUGUUGUACAGUGCACCGAUAUCAAGUGA